UCACAACAUCAUGUUCUUCAAACUGCUGCAGGCGCGUAUGUCCUUCUUCCACAACAAUUCUUCCGGAAGAAUUUUAAACAGAUUUUCGAAGGAUAUGGGCAUCAUGGAUGAGUGGCUGCCCAAACUGAUGUUGGAGGCAAUCCAAGGGUUUUGCGUAGUAUGUGGCAUAAUGAUCAUGGAAGCGAUAAUAAAUCAGUGGAUGUUGAUAUUGAUAGCCAUACUAGCCGUCUUGUUUUUCUUCGGUGCGAAAUCCUAUAUGAAGAUUGGUCAAGACCUCAAACGUCUCGAAGGCUGAAGAGUCCCAUAUUCUCAUAC